AAAAUCGUUGCGUGAAAACCUGUUGCUUAAAGUGCGUGAUGAUAAAAUCGUGGUGCGUAUUUCUCGAAAAUUUCGCAGUGAAAUAGUUGAGUUUUUGUGAAAGAUGGGUCUUGUCGCGUCGAAAGAAGCGCCCAUGGCCCAACAGCAGCAACAAGAGGUGGAAAGUUUGAAUUCCUCGAGAUUACAUGGGAGACAAGCCAGUAUUAGGCAAAGCACCAUGAAAGCUAAGGCCAAACAGCCCAUGCCUGAACCAAACGAGCUCGAAAGGAGGUUCACCAAAGUUUUGGCCUCUAUGGACUUACCACCAGACAAAGCAAAGCUUUUAAAAAGCUACGAUUCCGAGAAAAAAUGGGACAUAAUCUGUGAUCAGGAAAUGGUUCAAGCUAAGGAUCCACCUUCCUAUUACCUGAAUAAAUUAAAGACAUAUUUGGACCCAAAAGCCUCCAGAAGUCAUAGGAAAAGAAAAAUGGUGGUGGAUUCCACAUCGACCCAGGUACUAAGAGAUCUAGAAAUCUCCCUACGCACAAAUCAUAUAGAGUGGGUGAGGGAGUUUUUAAACGAAGAUAAUCAAGGUCUGGACGUUUUGAUUGAUUACCUCAGCUUUCGUUUAGGUAUGAUGAGGCAUGAGCAAAGGAUAGCUGAAUCUAGGAGUACCUCUGAGGAAAAGUUGAACCCAAACGCUCAUAGCACUUUGAACAGCUCCAAUUUGAGUUCGCCUGACAAAACUAAUGGAUACAUUCGGACACCUCUGGAAAUACCGGACAGUCCGAGCAUAAGAAGAAGAUCCAAACAUGUGGCAAAACUGAACAUGGGAGAAUCGAAAGAUGACAUACACGUUUGCAUAAUGUGCAUGAGGGCCAUAAUGAACAACAAAUAUGGCUUCAACAUGGUGAUACAACAUAGAGAGGCUAUUAACUGCAUUUCUCUGAGUUUAAUACACAAAAGCUUGCGCACCAAGGCUUUGGUUCUGGAGUUGUUGGCGGCCAUAUGCCUGGUGAAAGGCGGGCACGAGAUAAUUUUGUCCGCUUUCGAUAACUUCAAAGUUAUUUGUAACGAGGUGCAUCGAUUUCAGACUUUGAUGGAUUAUUUUUUGAACUUCGAAGCUUUCCAUAUAGAGUUUAUGGUGGCUUGUAUGCAGUUUGUGAACAUUAUCGUUCAUUCCGUGGAAGAUAUGAACUUUAGGGUCCAUUUGCAGUACGAAUUUACCGCGCUCGGUUUGGAUAGUUAUUUGGAAAAGUUAAGGUUCACGGAAAGCGAGGAGUUGCAGGUUCAAAUCUCCGCUUACUUGGACAACGUUUUCGACGUUGCCGCUCUUAUGGAGGACAGCGAAACCAAAACGGCAGCGUUGGAGAAGGUCGGGGAGCUGGAAGACGAUUUAGCACAGAUGCACGAGCGUCUUCAGCAAGUGGAGCACCAAGCUCUGGAGCAAAUCGCGACGUUGCAAACGGAGUUGAUCAGGGUUUCGAAAGAGAGAGAUGACAUUAUGGAGGUGAAGAAGAAGACCGACGAGGAGGUGACAACGUUGCGAAGGGUGGUGCAACACCACGAGCAGGAAUCGAAGAACCGACAGUCGAUGUUCGAGUCGAAGAUAGCCGAGCUGGAGCACGAAAAGAGUUUGCCUAGAGGAAGUUCACUUCAAGGCAUCUCAGACCUACUAAAAUCCACCACCACCGCUCCAACCCCUCAAAUCAACACGGUGUCAUCGUCAUCAGUAACUCCACCCCCACCACCUGCCCCAGUGGCGCCCCCGCCGCCACCUUGUCCGCCCCCGCCACCCCUCAGAGGAGUAUCGAGUAGCGCCCCCAUUCCUCCGCCGCCCGCCGGGCUGAUGCAAGCGCCCGAAGGCGCCAUGACCAUCAAAAGAAAGGUCCAGACCAAGCAUAAGUUGCCAACCAUCAACUGGAUAGCUCUAAAACCAAACCAGGUCAGAGGUACCAUUUUCAACGAGCUAGAUGAUGACAAACUCCACAGUAGCAUAGAUUUCAACGAUUUCGAAGAAAGAUUCAAAAUAGGUACUGGUCUUCUAGCCAAUGGUGUAUGUGAACCAGAUGGUCUUUCUUCUUUCCCCAGCAAACGGUUUAAAAAACCUGAAAACGUCUCUCUACUUGAACACACCAGAUUAAGGAACAUUGCCAUUUCCAGGAGAAAGUUGGAAAUGACUCCAGACAAAGUUAUAAACGCCAUAAAUAUGUUGGAUCUGAAACAGUUAAGUCUCGAAAACGUCGAAUUACUAAUGAGAAUGGUACCAACUGAGCAAGAAAAUAAGUUGUACAAAGAAUACGUUCAAGAGAAAAAGAAUAUCAACUUACUAACAGAAGAGGAUAAGUUCCUUCUGCAACUCACCAAAGUUGAUAGAAUAUCAGCCAAACUCUCCAUCAUGAAUUACAUAGCAAACUUCUACGACAAUAUACAUCUUAUAACGCCUCAAAUUCAUGCAAUAAUCUCCGGCUCAAACUCGGUCAAGAACUCCAGGAAACUGCGUUCAGUCCUUGAAAUAAUUUUGGCUUUUGGAAACUACCUCAACAGUAGCAAACGAGGUCCAGCCUACGGUUUUAAGCUUCAAUCAUUGGACACUCUAUUGGACACCAAGUCCAACGACAAGCGUACGUGUUUACUGCACUACAUUGUGGCCACCAUUCGACAAAAGUUCCCAGAUCUGCUCAAUUUCGAAUCUGAAUUAAAUUACAUAGAGAAAGCAGCCUUAGUUUCUCUCGAAAACAUCUCGACUGAUGUUCACGAACUUGAGAAAGGAAUGGAGGCGGUGCGUAAAGAGGCGGAAAUUCGCGGCAAAGGCUCUCAAAGUCUCGUCGUCAGAGACUUUUUGGCCAACGCCGAGGACAAGUUGAAAAAACUCAGGAUCGAAUCGAAACUGGCUCUGGACGCGUUCAGGGAAUGCGUGGAAUUUUUCGCCGAAUCUCCCAGAACCACGGACGCCAAUGGGUUCUUCAGCUUGUUGGUUCGCUUUUGCAAAGCUUUUAAGGCUUCGGAUACAGAAAACGAACAGCGCAGAAGGCUGGAGCUUGCGGCUCAGAAUGCGAACAAUAAAACGCAAGAAGAGGUGGCUAAAAAGAACAAAAUCAACCAGAAAAAGCAGCAGGACGCUGUAAUAAACGAGCUAAAAACAAAGACGAAAAUGGUCCAAGAGAAAAAACUUCUUCAGCAAGACGAAGUUUAUAACGGGGCCCUAGAGGACAUCCUUUUGGGUCUCAAGAGCGAGCCCUACCGUAGAGCAGAUGCAGUGCGCAGGAGUCAACGAAGAAAAAUCGACAACAAUCGGUUAUCGAAAACUUUGGAAGAGUUCGAGGUGUAAAUUAUUUUUUGGUAGUGGCCCUGUUACUUUACCCAAAGAAAUUGACAAAAAAUACAAAUUUAUUAAAAAUCGCUUUAAAAUAAAAAAUGAUUUUUCAAAAAUAUUGUUAUUUUUGACAAUUUAAAAAAAUAUAAGAUAAAGCUAAAGUAACAAGGCUGAGGUAUACCAUGGAUUUGUGAUAUAAAAAUUUAUUGAAUUUAAAGCAAUUUGUUGAAAAAAAAUGACAAAAAAGACUGCUAAAUGUAAAUAAACAUAGUGCCUAUAAUAAUAAUUAUUAUCGUUGAAUAAAGCAUUUUUAUUGUUAAUUUAUUACAUUUAAACUUAAUUAAGUCCAAGUUAUACUGUAGAUAUUAUUUAAUAUUGUAUAAAAUUAUUUCCUGCUGUAUAUUUGUUUAUUGAAUACUCUUCUGAUAAUAUCCAAUAUAACCAAAUGUGAUUGUACUCAAUAGGAAAUAGGUAUUUACUUGUAAAUAUAAAUUAAAAAUUUAUAGCACAUUUUUCCUAUUAUGUGCACAAUAUUAAAUUAAAGAUCUCGAAAUUACUUUGAGAAAAAUUGGCUUUUCUAAACUGGUAUACCAAAAACUUUACAAAACUAUUUUUUUUAUAAUCAGAACAUAUUUUG